AUGCUUGCUGUUUGUAGUGGUGGUGAUGAUGAGGCUAAUGAUGGUGAAGUACUCGCAUCCGAAUUCGAUUCCCCUUUUUGUGUCGGUAAUUUUGAUCGUGAUCUUCGAAACCGGGCACCGCAGAGACUUUUGAUCAUAGCCAUUGCUCCAGCCAUUGUUGCAAGGAAUAGAGAGAAUGAAAAUGGUGGAUUAUGUGUUAUUCAUUGGCUAAAGAAAUUAAUUCAUCUUGCCAUUGUGCUGAUACAUACAAAAACUAGUGCAAAAACAGUAGAGAUCAAGGAAACCCUAGGCUAUAUAGAUAUGCAAAGCAUCAACUAG